AUGCAGCAUGUCAAGGCGUCACAUAUUAUUCUUAAGUCUGGCCAGGGUUUCAAACAAGUCGUUGGUUUGGUCUUGAUUAUUGGAGUUGGAGCUGCCGGCGCUGUUGGAAUUACUAGUUCUGCAACUGGCCAAGAAGACCAGACAGAGCGUUUCCUUGUUGCAUUGGAGGUUGCUGUGGAGCAGACCCAGUUGGUUGUUGCAUCUGCUGCAUCAAAGACAAGACGUUCUGAAGGGUUGAAGGGUCCAUCGAUUGCAUCGUCUGCAACAACUGGUUUUGGUUCGGAGGCACCUGGGGUAGCGAGGCUUGAGGUACACUCACGUUAG